AAAAACAUCAGCUAACUGUUCAGCAGAAGGCAAGAUUUGAACACAGUGAGUGCCGGCGGCAAUACGUUCCCGAACAAAGUGAUAUUUUCAUAUUUUCAUAUAUACCUUUCGAAAACUAGUCCAAAAAAGAGCUAGAUCCUUGCCUGCCUCUUCUUCUCCGUGUCUCAACCCUAGUUUUUUGGGGCUGCUUCUCAGCCUCCUGUUCAGAUUUUGGCUAGAUCUCCCACCUUUGGACCCUUGUUGUAUGUGUUGUUGAAACUUUGGAGUUUGGUGGUAGAUCUAGGUAGAUCUCCUUUGGAUCUAUUUUAUGUGGAGGUGUAGUUGUUGGAUCUAGAUUCUCGCUUCUCCCUGCCUUUCAAUCUUACAAGGUUGUUUGCUCUUCCAAUCAAGCAAGUUGUUUUCCUUGUGUGCUUGAAGAAAAUAUGACUGAAGCAGUAGUUUCCUUUGUGAUUGAAAGACUUGGAGAAUUCAUCAUCCAAGAUGCGAAGUUCUUGUUUGGAGUCAGUGAAAAAGUUGAGUUUGCACAAACUGAGCUGCAACUCAUGCAGGGUUUUCUGAAAGAUGCAGAUGUAAGGCAACAAGAUGAUGAAAUGGUACGUGUUUGGGUUGCACAAAUAAGAAAGGCUGCUUAUGAUCUAGAGGAUGUCAUAGAAAUAUUUAUCUUGAGAGUGGCUACAAAGAAACAAGGAGGCAUGAAGAAUGUUCUGAAAAGGUUUGGUUGCGUGUUAAAGGAAGGAGUUGAUCUUCACAAGAUUGGGUCACAAAUUGAGAAUGUUACCACCCAACUUUCUAAUUUGAGGUCAAGCUUGCAAACUUAUAACAUUAAGGAAAUAAGGAACUCUAGAGGUGCCAUUUCUUUGUAUGAGAGGCAGCAGCAAGUAAGGCGAACUUAUUCUCAUAUUAUUGAACGUGAUGUUGUUGGGUUAGAGAAUAGUGCGGAAGAAUUGGUCAGGCAUUUGGUGAAGAAAGAAUUUAGCCACCGAAUUGUUUCUAUCUGGGGUAUGGGUGGUCUGGGAAAGACCACCCUUGCAAAACAAAUUUAUCGUCAUAAUAAAGUUAGACGCCAUUUUGGUUGCUUUGUUUGGGUAUGUAUAUCUCAACAAUGCCAAGUGAGAUCUGUUUGGGAAGAAAUUUUAAUUAAACUUAUUUCUGCUACCACUGUGCAAAGAGAAGAAAUUGCAAAACAGAAGGAUAAUGAAAUAGCCAAGAGGAUUUAUCUUCUACAACAAAAAAGUAGAUGUUUGGUAGUCCUUGACGAUAUUUGGAGCAUCGAGGCAUGGGAGUCACUGAAAGCUGCAUUUCCAUUGUAUGGUGAGGAAACAGAAAGCAGAAUAUUACUCACCACUCGCAACAAAGAGGUAGCUUUACAUUCAAAUGGAUUCAUCCACCAACCUCACCCAUUAAAUAACGAUGAAAGCUGGGAACUUUUUGAGAAGAUAGCAAUCUUUGGAAGAGAAGGCAUAACCUUAGAAGUUUCCACAACUGGAAUAUGA